UGUCUCUCACUUCCGGGUGGUUGCCAUGCCAACUGUGGCCCGCCUUCUCUAAACAGAGGCAGAAGAAGAAGAUAGAUACAGAGAAAGUGUGCGGUUCUGAGUCCAGUCUCGGUUCUACAUAUAAAUAUGAGCCAACGACAAGUUCUACAAGUGUUUGAGCAGUAUCAGAAGGCUCGGACACAGUUUGUCCAAACAGUUGCAGACCUCGCUACAAGACCACAAAACAUCGAAACUCUCCAAAAUGCAGGUGUAAUGUCCCUCCUGAGGCCUCUACUGUUGGAUGCAGUUCCCACCGUUCAACAAACAGCAGCGCUGGCUCUUGGAAGGCUUGCCAAUUACAAUGAUGACUUGGCUGAUGCAAUAGUAAAGGCAGAUAUCCUUCCUCAGCUUGUCUAUUCACUGGCUGAGCAGAAUCGCUUCUAUAAGAAGGCAGCAGCAUUUGUCCUUCGAGCGGUUGCUAAGCACUCAGCGGAGCUGGCCCAGGCGGUGGUGGACUGUGGAGCUCUAGAUGCUCUUGUUGUUUCCCUGGAGGAGUUUGAUCCUGGAGUGAAGGAGGCUGCUGCAUGGGCACUGGGAUACAUUGCCCGACACAAUGCACAACUGGCUCAGGCUGUGGUGGAUGCUGGGGCAGUUCCUCUACUAGUGCUGUGCAUCCAGGAGCCUGAGAUUGCCUUGAAGAGGAUCGCUGCUUCUACUUUGAGUGACAUUGCUAAACACUCGCCUGAACUGGCACAAACAGUGGUAGACACAGGAGCCAUUGCCCAUCUGGCACAGAUGACCCUGAACCCGGAUGCCAAACUAAAGAGGCAAGUGUUCUCAGCACUUGGCCAAAUCUCAAAGCACUCAGUGGACCUGGCGGAGAUGGUGGUGGAGGCUGAGAUUUUCCCAGCUGUGCUAUCCAGCCUGAAGGACCCAGAUGAGUAUGUAAAGAAGAAUGUGACUACAAUGAUGCGGGAAAUCACAAAGCACACACCUGAGCUAUCGCAAAUGAUUGUGAAUGCUGGGGGUGUAGCAGCUGUGAUUGACUACCUCGGAGACUCCAGGGGGAACGUGCGCCUGCCUGGGAUUAUGAUGCUGGGCUACAUAGCUGCGCACUCUGAGAACCUCGCCAUGGCUGUCAUUGUUUCUAAGGGGGUGCCACAGUUGGCUAUUUGCAUGGCAGAGGAAUCAGAGGACCACAUCAAGGCAGCUACAGCUUGGGCGUUUGGCCAGAUUGGGCAACACACACCUGAGCAUGCACGAGCUGUGGCAGCAGCAAAUGUGCUGCCAAAACUCCUUAAUCUGUACCUGGACACACAGAGUUCUGAAGACCUGCAAGUCAAGGCAAAGAAGGCCUUAAAGAAUAUUCUUCAGAAGUGCACCUACCUUCCUGCACUGGAGCCCCUUCUCUAUGAAGCUCCCAGCAACAUCCUGAAACAUGUCAUCUGCCAGUUCAGCAAGGUCCUUCCACAUGACAGUAAAGCACGUCGUUUGUUUGUGACCAGUGGAGGCCUUAAGAAGGUGCAGGAAAUCAAAGCAGAACCUGGCUCUGCUCUGCAGGAGCACAUCAACGCGAUCAACAACUGCUACCCUGAGGAGAUAGUCAGGUACUAUUCUCCUGGAUACUCAGAAGUCCUGCUGGAGAGGGUAGAUAACUAUCAGCCUUCUUAAGAUAAACUUGUUUUUGCCCCUGGGACCUUGUGGAUGUGGAGCACUUUUUAGUUAACUUGUGUGUUUUACUUUAUGGAGUAUGUAAAUGGAACCAUAUGUGUCAAAAAGAAAUAAACUAUACACAAACCUG